AUGGCUUCAUUCAUCAGAAAUUCCCAUCUUUCAUGGAGCGUUCUUGUGGUUCUAUACAUGACACUUCUUGUCUCUGUUUGUGAAGCUAGGGUUCACAGGGGUAAAGGAAGCGGCUUUGUUCGAACCAAAGGACCUAACUUUGUUCUCAAUGGGUCCCCUUUUCUAUUUAAUGGUUUUAAUGCGUAUUGGAUGAUGAAUGUUGCCACUGAUCCAAGCGAGAGGAUGAAAGUAACUCAAGUCCUACAAGAUGCUGCAAAUGCAGGUCUUUCUGUAUGCCGAACAUGGGCUUUUGCUGAUGGUGGCGACAAAGCUCUUCAGAUUUCACCAGGAGCAUACGACGAACGUGUUUUUCAGGGACUAGAUUUCGUCGUGGCAGAAGCAAGAAAAUAUGGUCUUCGGUUAAUAUUAAGUUUUGUUAACAAUUACAAAGACUUUGGAGGGAGACAACAAUACGUAGACUGGGCAAGAAGUUCUGGCGUUCAGAUCAACGGUGACGACGAUUUCUAUACCAACCCAAUAGUAAAAGGGUAUUAUAAGAACCAUGUCCAUAGAGUUAUAACAAGGGUGAAUACUAUCACCAGGAUCGCAUAUUGUGAUGACACAACAAUCAUGGCAUGGGAACUCAUAAACGAGCCCCGCUGCCAGGCUGAUUACUCUGGAAGAACAGUUAAUGUUUGGGUCCAAGAAAUGGCUUCAUUCGUCAAAUCAUUGGAUAGACACCAUCUAUUGGAGGUUGGCAUGGAAGGGUUUUAUGGCGACACAAUGCCUGAACGAAAGCAGAUAAACCCCGGUUACCAAGUUGGAACUGAUUUCAUCAGCAAUAAUCUUGUUAGGGGAAUCGAUUUUGCCACCAUACAUGCAUAUCCUGAUCAAUGGUUGUCUGGACAAAAUGAAGAGUCACAAAUGGCAUUUAUGCAAAGAUGGAUGUGGAGUCAUUACCAGGAUUCAAAAACUAUCCUUAAGAAACCACUUGUGAUUGCUGAAUUUGGGAAGUCUAGCAAAGAUCCAGAAUAUAACAUUAACAAAAGGGACUCGUACUUGAAUGCUGUUUAUAGAAACAUUUAUAUGAUGGCCAGAACUGGAGGAACUGUUGGUGGUGGUUUAGUGUGGCAGCUUAUGGCAGAUGGAAUGGGUUCUUACUGCGAUGGAUACGAAAUAACCCUGUCAGAAAAUCCGUCAACAAGCAACAUCAUUUCUCAGCAAUCUCAAGCCAUGAGCACGCUAACUCAUUUGCUAAGAAUUGCAUCGGAAAAUGUUCCUUCGGGCAAAAAUCAUAAACUCCAACUUGAUCAUAUUAAAGGUCAUUCUUCUAAGACAAACCAUCAUGGUCAUCGUCAUCAUCAGCAUACUCACAACCAAAAGCCAAUGCCUUGA